AUGGCUUCGCCCAAGAAGCGAAAGACUGGCUAUGCAACGGCCGCUUCUGCAUCCUCGGAGAGCGAAGCGAGCCUAUCUUCAGUGGACGAGCAACAUGGGGAUAAUAACUCGGCAGCCGAGUGCGCUAGUCACGACCAGGUAGAGUGUGGCUGGAGCAGCGAUGUGCAUCAUGAGAUUCUCUCACAAGCACUACGGCGCCGUCAGCUAGGCCGGACGUAUAAGACUCUGGUCAAGUUCAUGGCCUGCUUAACCGCCACACUUAUGAAAGAGUACAAACUGCUAAGUGCGCCAGGCAAAAAGGUUGACUACUGCAUCUACCUCGACCCAGCUUAUGACACUGAUGAUCCCGGCAUGGGAAACCUUAUUGAUAACCUCCGCAGCCAACUUCCUCUCUACUCCAUUAACAUCACUGGCGAGAUCUCUCUGCUGAAAAUGCCACUGGCAAUCCCUAUUAAGAUAAAACGCUCCGGCGAGGGCGGCGACGACGCAGCGCUGCAAGUAGCAACCUGGCUCGAGGCGCAGAUGGAAUUCCUAUACCGUCUGAUCAGCCGCUGCGCAAGCUCUAGACCCUCCCUUGAUGACAUUGGCUUCAUGCCAGGGCUGAUCAUAUAA